AUGCCGAAGCCGACGCUGCUGCUGCGCGGGGGCUGGGAGCGCGAGCGCAGCCCCGGGGACUCGGAGCUGGGCCGCCAGUUCCGGGACUGGUGCCUGCGCACCUACGGCGACUCGGCCAAAACCAAGACGGUGACACGCAGCAAAUACCAGCGGAUCGCCGAGGUCCUGCAGGGCGGCGGCGGGACCGGCGCAGGCAGCGGCCCGGCGGCCGGCGAGAAAGGCAAGUUCCAGUUCUGGGUGCGCUCCAAGGGCUUCCGCCUGGGCAGCGGCCGGGAACCCAAGAUGGGCCAAGUGGUGUAUGUGCCGGUCAAGACGGGCUCGGGGGCAGAUGGCCUGUCGGAGCCGGAGGGCAUCUCUCUGAAGCGGGUCGCUGUGGUGGAAGAUUUCUUUGACAUCAUCUACUCGAUGCACGUGGAGAGCUCGGCGGAGCCAGGCAAAGCCCCCAAGCACGCUGGGCAGAAGAAAACCUACCGAGCGAUUGCAGAGACCUAUGCCUUCCUUCCACGAGAGGCCGUGACCCGGUUCCUGAUGAGCUGCACAGAGUGUCAGAAGAGGAUGCACUUUAACUCCAAUGGCCUGGAGCCCAAAGAAAACGAACCUCCCUCUCCCCUGGUCUCCGGGAUUAUCGAUUACAACAUGCCCCUUACCUCCACGUACCUGAAGCAGAUGAAGUUGCGAGUGAUGAACUCCCAGGAACAGGAUGAAACUUCUGUGAGCAGUGAAGAUUUUGAUAUGAACGACUCCACAUGGAUGUCAGCUGACCCACACCUGGCCUCCAGCCUGAGUCCCAGCCAGGACGAGAGGAUGCGGAGCCCUCAGAACCUCCACAGCCAAGAGGACGAUGACUCCUCCUCUGAGAGUGGCAGCGGCAAUGGCUCCUCCACCCUGAACCCAUCCACAUCGAGCAGCACGCAGGGCGAUCCCGCCUUCCCCGAGAUGAAUGGCAACGGCGCCGUGGCCCCCAUGGACUUCACCGCCACCUCUGAAGAUCAGCCCAUCAACCUGUGCGACAAGCUCCCACCGGGCACGGCGCUCGGCACGCCCUCCUACCCCUCCGACGGCUGUAGCACCGAUGGACUGCGGAGCCGUGUCAAGUACGGGGUGAAGACCACCCCUGAGUCGCCCCCUUACAGCUCCGGGAGCUAUGAUUCCAUCAAGACUGAGGUCAGUGGCUGCCCUGAGGACCUGACGGUGGGCCGGGCCCCCACAGCAGAUGACGACGACGAUGACCAUGAUGACCAUGAGGACAACGACAAGAUGAACGACUCCGAGGGCAUGGACCCUGAGCGCCUCAAGGCCUUCAAUAUGUUCGUGCGGCUCUUUGUGGACGAGAACUUGGACCGCAUGGUGCCCAUCUCCAAGCAGCCCAAGGAGAAGAUCCAGGCCAUCAUCGAGUCCUGCAGCCGGCAGUUUCCCGAGUUCCAGGAGCGGGCCCGCAAGCGCAUCCGCACGUACCUCAAGUCCUGCCGGCGCAUGAAGAAGAACGGCAUGGAGAUGACCAGACCCACGCCUCCCCACCUGACCUCGGCCAUGGCCGAAAACAUCCUGGCAGCUGCCUGCGAGAGCGAGACGAGAAAAGCAGCCAAAAGGAUGCGCCUGGAGAUCUACCAGUCCUCCCAGGAUGAGCCCAUCGCCCUGGACAAGCAGCACUCCCGGGACUCCGCAGCCAUCACCCACUCCACCUACUCACUGCCAGCCUCCUCCUACUCCCAGGACCCUGUGUACGUCAACGGUGGCCUCAACUACAGUUACCGCGGUUACGGGGCCUUGGGCAGCAACCUGCAGCCCCCUGCCUCCCUCCAAACAGGAAAUCACAGUAAUGGGCCCACCGACCUCAGCAUGAAAGGCGGGGCCGCCACGGCCUCCAGCACGCCCACGCCCACGCCCUCCGGCAACAGCACCAGCAGGACCAUGCCCGCCGCCCAGCUCAGCCCCACGGAGAUCAGUGCGGUGCGGCAGCUCAUCGCCGGCUACCGAGAGUCUGCCGCCUUCCUGCUGCGCUCCGCGGACGAACUGGAAAACCUCAUUUUACAGCAGAACUGACCCCGCGGCACCUGGAGUGCACUACCCUAAGGAAGGAGGCUGUCCCGGCCCGGCUUCCUGCCUCACCACUUGGUACAUUUUGUUUUCUGAAAGAGGUGGGAUCCAAAAGAGCUGUUUCUAGCCACACGCCAAGCACCUGCGACUUUGGGCACAAGGACACUUUUUUUUUUUUUUUUUUUUUUUUGGAAUCUCACCACACGGGUGCUCUGACCUGCUUGGAAGAGGCCAAUGGGGCAGCUUUGGAAGGGCUGGGGCUCCCCUGACAAGGCGCUGGGGACGCAGCUCUAUUUAGAAUCAUCUUCGUGGACCCUGAUGUUAGAAUCCCACCCCCAGAUAAUUACCUUUCAAGUCUUAGGUGAGCAGAAUUGCAUAUUUAUUGAGAAAAACAAAGUGGACCCUUUCUUCCUCUCCCCUUAGUAAUUUAUUUUUCUGAAAAUGGAUUCUUUUGUGUUUGUACAGAUUGCCAGUCUGUGUCUGUCUGAUCAGAAGGAUGUAUCCCUGUCACCUAACAUUCCAUAUCACUACACUGGCGCGGGCUGGGGGCCGGCAGGGCGGGGUGCGGUGGGGCGGGCGCCGGGCUGGCUGUCCUUCCGAGCGCCCAGCACCGCCAAGCCGGAGGACCUCACCCACACCCAAGGCAAAGCAAAGACAAACAAAAACGGCUACCCCACCCCCGUUCCACAGAAGCCCCAGUCACACGGCCACCUGUAUUCUACCUCACACUCCAGCGUGGGCUUUUUCCAGGAUGUGCCCUGAGCCUGUUCUGAACGGCUAUCUCCCGACUCCCCCACACACGGUGUCUGCCUGGGAGGCAAGUCCAGAGGGGUGGCCAGGAGCUGGAGCCCAGACAGGGCUGUGACCCUCCGGAGCAGCUUGCAGCACCCCCCGCCCCCCGGCCCCAACCCUCCAGGCUGUUCACCAGGACAGACAGCUGGGGGACAGCCGCCAGUCAGGAGGGCCCCUGCCCUCACCUGCCCCCAGGGAGCCGGGUCUGAACACUUCAUACAGGCCCAGGGCCCUCAGACACCUGCCGGGAAGGGCCUGUUUCCUCAGGGUGGGCCCCCAGCUGUCAGGCAGCCACCAAACAGGAAAAGCAGCUGCGAGCCCCUGGUCAGACUGCAGCUCCUGUCUUCUGCCCCCGUGGCUGGAGUAAAGGGACCAUCAACAGAAGUAGAGAAGCCACUUGGGUUCUCCGAGGACCUGCCCUUCUGGAGGGGCCAGUCCUGGAAGAAACCUAUAACCCUGGAGUGUGAAAAAGGGCAAAAGCAAAGGCCGGCCUGGUCCUUCCUCCCCAGUAGGCACUUCCUCUUGCUCAGUGCAAUACCUCCCAGUGCUGCUAAAACCAGGGAUUCCCCCACACCUCAGAGGGCCCACGGGGCCUCUCCGUGCGAUACUCCGUAGCCAUGACAGCAGCUCUCCGCUGCCCGCCCCCGCCCAGAGCCGGCAGAAGCCCUCUGUAGCCUUUCCUCCCUCAGAGCAGAGCGGCCCCAGGGGAGCCAGGGCUGCAUGGACCCUAGGAGGGCCACAGCCACUCGACCCCAGAGCAGGUACCCCUUCCCAAACCAGCUAUCUGCAGCUACCUGCCUCCCAGCACUAUGGCAGACCACCGUCAGGAGGGCCGGAGGGGGAGGUUUGGGGGGGGCUCCCACAUGGGCCAGAGCUCUGAGAGGUAGGGUGCCCCACCCUGUGCUUGCUUCCAGCCCCCAGCAGUCGGGGGUGGUCCUUCCUCUCUCAAGUGGCCUCCCAACACCCCCCGCACCCCCCAGCCACACCACCUCUGCCUUCCAUCUGGCCAAUCUCCAGGCCUCUGGUCAGGGCCAGGACACCCGAGACGCCCCCUUCGCACAGCACAAGCUCCCGCGCCCAAGGCCCGUCCCCCACCCCAGCCAUUCGCGCGUCCAGCCCCCACCUGCUCAGUGCUACUCCCAGACGUUUCAAUUUGUGUAAAUAUUUUUGUGUGUGAACAAUACUACAAAGUAAUCAGUAGGUCUUUUGCAAAAUGUUACCCCAGGCAAUUUGUGAGAUUCUUAAUGUUAAAAACUGGCAGAGACAAUCGCCGCCUUAGAAUUCUUGAUACCAACUGCUUAACUUGUCAUUCCCCCUCCGGGAGGCAGGCCCCAGGCCAGGCGCGACUGCAGUGCUUUCCUCAGACAGGAGACAGGAGGCCUGGGAGCUGCCACCACCCCCACACUAGGGAUCGGAUCUAAAGACCAGCCUAAAUUUCGGCGUGCAGUCCCGCUUUCCUGAGCUGACCACCUCAGCCUGCCUGGGCGCGGGCGCACUGGUGUGAGAACAAGGCUACACGGCCCCUCCGGGACAGUGGAUUCUGCCACCGUCACCCCGCCGCCUGGGGGGGGGGGCUCCUUCUCUGUGAAGCUCUGCCUGAAGCCUGGCUGAGGGCAGAAUCAGGAGCAAGUCGCUGUGUGGAAACAGGACUCCAUUAGCUAGUUCAGUCAGGGAACUUGUUCUGUUUUGCUUUUGUUUUCAGAGAUGCAGCUUCAACCCCUCCCCACUCCUCCUGACUUGGAGAGCACCAAAGAGCUGGUUCUGCUGGACCCAGCUCACCGCUGUCCCACCCUCACCCUCACCCCAGGGACUGCCUUCUCCCAAAGGGAGCUUCCAACGCCCUGCCCCGCAGCCAUUUUAAAUUCUCACGGAGGGCCUCAGGGCACAAAUUCAUCACUGGGGAUCCUAAGCUAAAAGGUAGCUCAAGAGUAGAAUACACCAAUUCCAGAGUCUUUGCAGGGGGCUAAUUCCAGCAGAAGGGUAGAAUCAGGAGAAAGGGGAAUUUGGUCUUCGUGGUAGACAUCUAGUAGACCAGUAAUGGUGUGACCCAUCUGAAAUUCAUUUUACCAUCACCUCCAGUACAGUUUAUACCCCAGAACAGUGUUGAGGGGGAGGGGGACAGGAGGGGGCUAGCAGGGUUUUCAAGGAUUUCAAACAGGUGGAACCCCGCCAUCCCUAUUCCUAAGGGCCACUUACGACUCCAGGGGUGGUUACAGGAUUAACUACCAGUUCAUUUUCAAAAUGCUGCUUUGAACUCAGAGGGUUGAUACUUUUAAUUUGUAAUUUUUUGUAAAACUUUUUACAAGAUAGUAAAGUAUUUCACCAGAAUACCAGUUUCAAUCCGUCCAUGGUCUGAUUUUUAUAUAAUUUAGUGGUGCUUUAGAAACUUUGUUUUUGUUGUUUCUGAGCUAAACAGCUCAAUCCUUUUUCGCCUGUAUCUACCUAAGACCAAUGUGAACCUUUGUAUUUUUGCUCCUAAUUUUGGACUCAGUGAAAGUGUACUGUUUACAUGUACAGAUGCCCCAGUCCCUGUGUGUUCUGCAAGACUCGCUCUUGAGGAGGAAGGUGCACCUCACUAAGCUCAUCUGCUUAGCAAAGCCACAAAACAAAAACCUCUCUUUUUACCUAUGUUUCCACCUAAAAACAAAAACGAAAACCCUACACAACAUAGAACUCAAGAUUUGCUGAAAAAUAACUUUUUCUAAGCUCGGAAAAAUCUCCGUGCGGCAGAUGGCCCAUACGCCUCUGUGGCGUGGUCCGUUAGGAGCAGGGGGCAGAGCGGGAAUGUCCCAGCAGCUGCUGGUGGGCACCUGCGUGGACUCCCGGAGCGUGUGAGUGGGACUUCGCGGCAGCGCUGGGGGGUGGUGGAGGUCUCCCAGCAGCCUGGCAGUGGGGAGGUCAAGGUGACUCGUGGGACCUUCAGGGUCAAGCCACCCAGGAUUUAGGGACGACCCAAGAGGCUGUCAAUCCUCCGGUAUAAUUUAGACAUGUUUUGGGAGUGCGCAAAUUCCCUGAGAUGAGGUUUUCGGACUUUCCAGUGCAGAUGGUACAAGCAUUCCUUCAGGGAUCCCCUGGAGGCAGCUCAUUCCAGAGGCCUCACUUCUGAGGAGGGGCAGGGGGCUCCAGACGGUAAGCGUAUGGCACUUAAGACAAACCGUGGAUGGCACCAACUUUUAAAGGUGACUCUUUAUUAAUCAAUGGCUACAUCUCUAAAUUAUAUUUUUACAGAUAUGCACCUAUGCAACUUAACGUGGCUCUUCUAAGCAGGUGAGCACUUCCUCCUCGAUGCUCUAUAAAAAGGAUUUGUGUUCUAUAGAGUGAGUUUUUUCCAGUAAAUGUGGCUUAAUAUUUUAAUUCUUAGAAUGCGUCUUCUCUAUGUGAUGCAACUAAAUUCUGUUUUGUUUGUGGAAUGACUAGCACAGGCCAAGUCCCUCUCCCUCACUUAACAAAAGACCAAUGAGCUGUUAAUCGAGCUGUUAUCUCCAUGGUAUUACUUGCUAAAUGCACUGAUUUCAUAAGUAUGUGGAAUCCUUUUUCUUUUGAAUCUGUAUAUCAUAUAUAAGACUGAAUCUACUUAAUAAACACUGAAUAACA